UAUCCAACCAAAAACCCUAUAGAAUCAAGACUCUUUUUUUCUAUAACUUUUUUUUUUUUUUUAUUGUAGUCUUAAACAAAAGCCAAUCAAUUAACUAAUCUUAAUUAGCUUUACACGUACCAGGCAUGACCUGAGGAAAAAAGAAAACAAUGGAGGAAAAAAACCCCGUUUUCCUUGUAUCCAUCUCUUUUGCAUUCUUGAUUUCCUUCUCAGUUCAAACUAUCAAUGCAUCUCCGUCAAUACCUUCCCUUUAUGCCUUUGGCGAUUCAACCCUCGAUUCCGGCAACAACGACGGCCUGAAUACACUCUUCCACAGCAACCAUCCGCCAUACGGCCGGGACUUCCCGGGACACCUCGCCACCGGUAGGUUCUCUAAUGGAAAGCUUGCAACAGACUACAUGGUCUCCAAUCUAGGUCUCAAGGAGUUGUUGCCGGCUUACCUGGACCGGAACCUGACCGGCGGUGACUUGCUCACCGGAGUGAGUUUUGCGUCAGCAGGUUCCGGUUUAGAUGAACUGACAAUAGAUCUUACUAAGGCUUUCGAUAUGUGGAAACAGUUGGAUUAUUUUCAUGAAGCCUUGAGAAGGAUAAAGAGAGAGGUUGGGGGGAUGAAAAGUAGGAAUUUGGUGGAAAAGGCAUUGUUUGUGAUCAGUGUUGGUACCAAUGAUAUGUUGUUUAAUUACUAUGAUCUUCCUCGGAGGAGGCUUGAGUAUUCUGUUUCUGAGUAUCAGGAUUUUCUGCUCCAAGAGCUUGAAUCUUUCAUUCGGAGGCUCCAUAGGCAAGGUGCACGGCGGUUUGCAGUGGCAGGUCUUCCACCCAUCGGAUGCUUACCGAUGCAAGUCACUCUGCGCAGCGUCGAACACAUGCUUGGCCGUGUGUGUGUAGAGCAGCAGAACAAUGACUCUCGGGCCUACAAUACCAAACUCCAACUCAGUCUUCUUAAGUCGCAAGCCUCCUUGCACAAAGCCAAAAUUGUCUAUUUGGACGCUUACAAUGUCAUGAUGGAUAUGUUUACCAACCCACAUAAAUAUGGAUUUGAUCGAACACUUGAAGGGUGCUGCGGGACGGGGUUGAUAGAGCUUGGUCCUCUGUGUAAUGAGCUUGUAUGGUCGUGUUCAGAUGCAUCUAAAUAUAUAUUUUGGGAUUCCGUUCACCCUACUCAAGCAGCCUACUUAAUUAUAGCUAAUGCAUUUCAGAAAACUGUGCUUUCACACUUUAAUCAUUAGUUUAAUCCUUUCAAGUGUAUACUAACUCAAACAUAUAUAUGUUACUAUGCAUUCAAUUCUUUCAGACUUUUAGUCACUAAGAUCCGUGA